GAAACGAACAAACUGCACACCAUCACACUCGAGUGCGGUGUGUUUCUAUCGAAAUGGCGUCCGAGGAAACGUGUUUCUCACUGAUAUCCUGAUGAUAAGUCGGUACGAGUAACGUUGAAAGUUAUUGUUUUCGGAAUAAAUCUUGCAAUCUGUUGGUGAACAGGGCAACAAGCUAAAAAACUUCCUGUCUCAAGCGGUUGAAUAUGGUACUUGGUUAUGACCCAGAUACGAUAACAAAAUCAACGUUCAUUCAUCAUAUUGCCUCUGGAACACUAGGUGGUGCUGUCACACGGGCACUCAUCUCUCCUUUUGAUGUCGUAAAAAUCAGAUUCCAGCUCCAAUCUGAGGCGGGCAAGGCAAGAAGAUACCGCGGACUCUUUCAAGCAACGAGAGUUAUAUUCAAAGAAGAAGGUGUAACUGCAUUCUGGAAAGGCCACAUACCGGCUCAAUGGCUGUCUAUGGUGUAUGGAGGAGUCCAGUUCUGUGCGUUUGAAUUCUUCACAACGAUUGUACAUCAGAUCUUACCCCACUCUCGCCAAGAGACUGUGAAAAAUAUGACGACUCACGGAGUGUGUGGUGCGUUAUCUGCGAUCGUAGCGACUAUUGUAGCGCAACCAUUGGAUGUUUUACGGACAAGAUUCGCUGCUCAAACUGAACCGAAAACGUUUACAUCAGCGACCAGAGCGGCAUUUUUCAUGGUUCGACAGGAAGGAUAUUUCUCUUUAUAUCGUGGUUUGAUUCCAUCCCUCGUUCAAAUCGUUCCAUUCUCAGCUAUGCAAUUUGGUAGUCGUUCGUUUUUUGAAGCAGUUUGGAUUAGCCACGGUUUAAAACCAGGGAAUUUCAGUGAAUUUAUAUGUGGAGGGUGCGCUGGUUUACUUGCCAAGACAUUUGUUUAUCCAUUAGAUGUUGUAAAGAAAAGAUUACAGAUCCAGGGCUUUGCGGCUCCAACAGUCAGUCAGAUUCGUCACUAUCGAAGCUUUUCCACUGUUUCAGUGCAAUAUGGAGACACGAAGGCUUUUUAGCUUUUUUCAAAGGAUUCAAGGCGGCUGCUUUGAAAUCAUCUCUAACGUCGGGACUUGUUUUUGCCACUUAUAGGUUUUUUAGGGAACAAUUUGAACCAGAAAAAACUGAUAGUGGUGGAUGAUUUAAGUUGAUGAUUACGAAUUUCACAUUCAUCGUGCGGGAGAGGA